AAAACGUCGUAAACACUCAGGAAUCGUAACCAUUUCCGAGAAUGCGCUUCGUUUAUCUGUCAAAUAGGCCGUGGUUGAAGUGGACAAAGAUUUGGAGUCGUAAUUUACAAUAUUUACCAACGAUGUCUGCAAAUUCACCACCCGGCACUAGCGAUGGAGAAGAUUCAUUAGAUGCGUCGACCGUCCCGCCAAAUCCUAUAGAAACUAUGGGCGCCCGCCUUCGGGAUUUGGAUGUAGACUCUAUCCGUCGAUACUUGGCUCAAAAACUCGGUUUCUACGAGCCUACGGAGCCCGCAGCGCCGGUAGAAAAGGUUUUGGAUGAAGUCAACCUAGAUGGUAUUGUGAAAUGGAUCAAAGGCUCUCGGUGCAAAAACAUAAUAACAUUGGCGGGAGCAGGCAUUUCUACGUCGGCAGGAAUCCCAGACUUCCGCAGUCCAGAAACGGGCCUUUACCACAACCUUCAGAAGUAUAAUCUCCCCGAGCCACAGGCCAUUUUCGAAAUCAACUUCUUCCGACAGAACCCGAAACCGUUCUUCCUGUUGGCGAAAGAACUGUUUCCAGGGAGCUUCAAGCCUACGGUGUCACAUUAUUUCAUUAGGCUGUUACAUGAGAAAGGACUCCUUCUCCGCCACUACACUCAGAACAUAGACACCCUGGAGCGGGGAGCAGGCAUCCCCGAGGAGAAGCUAGUGGAGGCCCAUGGCACCUUCUACACAUCUCACUGUAUUGAUUGCAGGAAACAGUACCCGCUUGAGUUUAUUAAAGAGCGUAUAUUCUCCGACCAAAUCCCAAUCUGCACCGACUGCCCCGGCGUAGUCAAGCCGGACAUUGUGUUCUUCGGAGAGAGCCUCCCGGACCGCUUCCAAGACUGCCUUCAGGAGGACUUCCAGCACUGCGAUAUGCUCAUCAUCAUGGGCUCAUCUCUGGAGGUGCAGCCGUUCGCUUCACUUAUUGACAUGGUCCCCGAGUGUUGUCCGCGCCUGCUUAUCAACCGUGAGAAGGCCGGCCUGCGUUCGCCGCUGCUGCGCCUGUGGGGACUCUCCUCCGGAGGCCUACAGCUCGAUGAGGAUGCAACCCGGGAUGUGGCCCGGCUCGGUGACUGUGAUGAUGGCUGUAGGGAGCUCGCUGAGAAGCUUGGGUGGGGGGAGGAGCUUCAAGCCUUGGUGGCUUCAGAGCACGCUCGCCUCGAGCUGUCCGGUUCUCUCACCGCGCCACACGCACACGUGCCACACGCCCACGUGCCACACGUCCACGUGCCACACGUCCACGUGCCACACGUGACACACGUGCCACACGCCCCGCACGUGGCACACGCCCGCACGACGCUCACACCCCUGAGGCGGGCGGCAGCGCGCCGCUGGACCCCAAACUGUAGGUCAAGGUUAGAUGUCACACGUACUUGUAGAUACGUCAUACGGGCCUUCUCUACGAAGCGGAUUAACGAGAUAAUAGUCUGUGAAAUUAUUACUGUCACUAUGAAAAUGGGGCGCAUUUCAAAAAUGGCGCGAAUAGCAGAGCCUACACAAACCGAGGCACGUCGCGAGGCAAUGAUGAGACACACUCAAAGGUUAUGACAGAUGGCGCCACCCUAUUAGUCCAUUGCACAGAUAAAGGAUUUCAUACGUGAGAGCGAGAAGAUGAUAUGUUUUUUCUCUCUCACACAUGAAUGACAGUGACAGCACCUAAGCACUUGCAAAGGCGCCGCUUAGCGGGAUAAAAUGUCAGCGUGCCUCAUUUCCUUGCGCGGCAUACGUGCUGUGUAAACGUGCCUCGUCCGAGGCACAUCUAUAUUAGGCAUUUGCAACACUAGCGCAUUGCCCCGCGACUUGCCUCGCUCUGUUUGGACCCGGCUUGUGCUUGAUGUUAAUCGCACGUCGAACUUCGGGCCUUUUUCUAGUGACAAAUUUGUUUCAUAAGGUAUGUAAAAUAGCUACGGUGAUUGACGAAAGCGCAGGCCUCGAAUUUUACUUACAACUACAGUUCUUCAUAAAAUAGUGAAACUUAAAUGCGAGCGCCACUUCCUUUAUAACUGACGAAAUUAGGUCCAAUUUAUUUAUUUUUUACUAUUUUAUGUCGCACCCGAGCACGCUCGCUCGCUGGCUGUACUUCUAAAGCCUGGCCAGUCACGCAAAGUGAGCAAUUCCCGUUAAGUUUGUACAUUUGGAUCACGUCUCCGAUUUUGAUAAAAAUUGGUAGGCUGAUAGAGUCCAUGAUGCUGAGCAAGAUCCACUAGG